UCAGUCUGCGACAUGAUGGCUUCCUGUCAGGAGUUUGAGGUGACGGUCCACACCUCACCUGGACCCACCUGUGGAACUUUCAGCUGCCUGUGGCUCAGCCUGAUUGGCUCUGAGGGGGAGACUCCGCCCAUCAGCAUCAACGAUCAUCUGCUACCAGGAUCAAUGUGUCCGGCUCGAGUUCAGGCCAACAGUCCACUGGGUCGCCUGGUUCUGGUCCGGCUCCGGCUGGAGGCUCGGACCGGAUUUCCCAACUUGGACUGGCACUGCAGCCGAGUGGAGGUCCGCAGGUUGGCAGACAGAGGGACCAAGGAGGGAGGGCGAAGUGCGGCGGGGCCUGAGAGAGAUCCAGACGUACAGGUGUUCCUGUGCGACCAAUGGCUGCGACCAGCAGACGGCGACGUGGAGCUGCGGAGUGGGAAAUUGUGUUUGCUGAAGGACGAGACGGAGGAGAAGCUGAAGCAGCAGCGGCUCGGACUGCUGCAGCAUCAACAGAAGCUCUUCGGAUGGCGUGAGUUCGUUCAUGGCGCUCCACAGUGUGUCGACCUGAAGAGUUUGUCUGAACUUGGGCCAAACCUCAGCUACACACACAAGAGCCCAGCCAUUAACCUGCACUAUCUGAAGGGCUUUGUCAGCCGAGUGCAGGCCUGGACGAGUUUCACAGAGUUGGAGACGGUUUUCGCCCACAGCGGACACCAGAACAUCACCGCCAGGUUUAUUAAGGCUCACUGGACCGAGGACUGGUAUUUUGGGUACCAGUGUCUGAACGGCUGCAACCCCCUGCUGGUACGUCAGACCCGCCUCCUUCCUCCCAACCUAUCAGUCACCUCUGACAUGCUCCGCCCCUUCCUGUCUGGAGGUUCCUCCCUCGAGCAGGAGCUAGAGCGAGGGAACAUUUACCUGCUGGACUACGAGGUUUUGGACAGCGUCCCAGCCAACGUGAUAAACGAGAAGCAGACGUACCUGUCCGCUCCGCUGUGCCUUCUCCACCUGAACCAGCAGAGACAGCUGGUCCCCAUCGCCAUCCAGUUGCAGCAGACACCCGGCCCUCACAACCCGGUCUUCCUGCCCUCUGACCCUGGCUGUGAUUGGCUGCUGGCUAAGAUUUGGGUUCACAGCGCAGACUUCCAGUGUCACCAGUUGGUCUCCCACUACAUGAGGACUCACAUGCUGGGAGAGCUGUGCUGCGUGGCCACGCUGCGCCAGCUGCCGGGGCCGCACCCGCUGCACCAGCUGCUGAUGCCGCACAUCAGGACGUCACUACAGAUCAACUUUCAGGCCCGAGCGACGCUGCUGGCAGCUGAUGGGGUGUUUGAUAAGGCGGCUGGUUCUGGUCUGGAGGCGUUACCUGUCCUCCUCUCCCGGGCGUCAAAGAGGAUUCAUUAUCAGUCUCUGUGUGUCCCUGAGGACCUGAUGGACCGCGGCGUGGACAAACUCCCACACAGUUACUACGCCCAGGAUGCACUGAGAGUCUGGGACGCACUGCACAGGUUUGUGGUCAGCUGGGUCGAUCUGUAUUACAGUGCAGACGUUGAGGUGCAGCAGGACUCUGAGCUUCAACACUGGAUCACUGACAUCAACACACAUGGCUUCAGCCAGCACUCAGGUUUCCCUCCAUCUUUUAACACCAAAGCAGAAGUGUCCAAGUUUGUCACCAUGAUAAUUUUCUCCUGUUCAGCUCUACACGCUGCCGUUAACUUCUCCCAGUUGGAUUUCGCUCUCUGGAUGCCGAACUGUCCCGCCUCCAUGUUGCGUCCUCCUCCACAGGUCAAAGGCUCGGUGAAGGAGGACGACAUCAUCUCCUUCCUGCCUGAUGUGAACACAACCUGUCGCGUCCUGAUGGCGCUGACUAUGCUCUCGCAGCCCUCCGUCAACUUUCUUCCUCUGUGUCACUACAAGGAAGCGAUUUUCAGAGACGGCGCCCACCGCAGGCUGGUCGAGGUGGUGCAGGCUGAGCUCAAGGCCAUUUCUGAUGACAUCACAGAGCGCAACAGCCAGCUGGAGCUGCCGUAUCCUUACCUCUGUCCUGGACACAUUGAGAACAGCGUGGCCAUUUAAAGCUGCGUCUUCAGCGUCAUCCAACAACAGAGAUUAUUAUUAUGAAUGAAAUGUGAACAGCUGGAUGUGAUGUUUGAUUAUAUCCCGGAUUAAUAAGAUUAAAUCAUUUUCUCCAUCAUGUCAGCUUUUUUUUUUUUUUUUUUUUUUUUUU